AUGGCCUGGCAGAAAGUCGUGGGUAAACGAGGCAACCCAUCCAAUGUGUUCUCCGACAACGGGUCCAAUUUUGCCGGUGCACAAAAGGAGCUGAGCAGCUGGUUGAUGCGGUUACGCAAAUGUGCCCUGCAAGACCGACUGUCGCCACCUGGAACCGAAAAGCACAUCAAUCCAUCCUACAGCAGUCACCGCGGGGUAUUUUGGGAGCGGCUCAUAAGGUCGGUACGAAAAAUAUUAACAGCAUUAUGUGGACAACAGGUGCCGGAUGAUGAAACUUUGAGUAUAUUUCUGGUAGAGGCGGAAAGAAUACUCAACAACCGACCACUUGUACCCGUCACCAGCGAUGACCUGCAAGGACUGGCACUAGCUCCAAGGCAACCUCCCUGUAAACGCCCACAUUUGCAUUUAGCCACGCCCCUGUCUAUCAGCUCACUAGGGCAAACGACGAAUUCUCUUAACUUAGUCCCUGGCCAACUCGCCUCGCCGACUAGGAGAGCCACCCGUCCUCCUACUAAGCUCUCUCCUAACCUUCCUCCUAUCUCAUCUCUAAGCCACCUUCUCGAUAUGCCGCCUCGUUUACCAAUCGUCCAAAUAUACUAG